GAGAGAGGAGAACAAAAUAGUAGUUUUUCCAACCACGAGGCUCACACAGAGAGUCGCGCCAAAGGAGAGGGAAAAUGUCAUUGUCUUUUUCUUCUGUCCAUGUUAUCACCACGGAUCAUACGGAAUAAAAACCUUGUUAAACUGGGAUAUUCUUCAAUCUGAAUUCAACUGUAAAACAGAUUUAAUCUGAGACUGAUUCUUCUUGUGGGACUAGUUUUAUUAGGAUCCUACUAGUUGUCUGGUGUGGAUAUAAUACCAGUCUGUCUUUGAGAUGGGUUCCAGAACUCUUCUACUUAUUCUGGGUCUUCAUUUCACUCUACUGGGGAACCUAGAGGCCAAAGGUUGUGACCCUGGCUUCUUAGCCAAAGGGAGGCAACAAUGUGAUGAUAUAGAUGAGUGUAAAGAGUGGGACAGUACCCCACCCUGUGGAAGUAAUGCCACGUGUUACAACACACAGGGGAGCUUCUACUGUCACUGUCUACCUGGGUUCGUAUCCACAACGACUUUCGAGUUUACUCCUCUCACUGGGGAGUGUAAGGACCUCAAUGAGUGCCUGGAGAAACAACAGGUUUGUGGCAGCAACACCAUUUGCCUCAACACCAUCGGGGGCUACAACUGCCAGUGCCAAACUGGUUUCAUUGUCUCUACUGGACGCUGUGCAGAUCUCAAUGAGUGCCUGGAGAAACCAGAGAUUUGUGGCAACAACACCACUUGCCUCAACACCAUCGGGAGCUAUAACUGCCAGUGCCAAACUGGUUUCAUAGUCUCUACUUACACUGGACACUGUGUGGACAUAGAUGAGUGUAAUGAGACCACUGGUAUCUGUGGAGUGGGCGGGGACUGCCAGAACCAGAAAGGAAGCUACAGUUGCCUCUGUCACCCUGGAUACAGUAACUACGACAACAAACAGGUUCAGUGCUCAGUACUGACCUGUGACCAAUUUAAAGUGAAUGAGACUCCUGGACAGACUGUCCCAGGUUUAGCUGGUCUCCUGUCCCUAAUGAGGAACAGCUGUCUGGUGUUGAGUAACGCUGGGGACGCAGCCGGAGGGAGACUGACUGGAGAGGUGUUACUGGAGAAUGUCUUCACGGAGAUGGACGGCUUCUUGUCUCAAGGUAUCCUAAGCAACAGCCGGGAGGUGAGUGAGUUGCUAGGCACCGUGGAAGACGCCAUGAGGUUCAUCGCGCCGCAGCUCAGAGACAACCACACCACCAUGGAGAGAAACCGCACAGCGACUAAGCUUGCAGUGAGGAGGGGACAGACUCCGCCCACUGGGCCAAUCAGCCUGGCCAAUGACAACGCUCGGCUGGACACCAGCUGGGAGACAGCCACCGGCAACGGGACGUACCCAGGUUUCGCUCUGGCUGGGUUGGUGUCUUACAAGACAGUGGAGAAAUCUGUCAACAACUCCUUCCAGUACCUCACUGACACAGACACUGACACAGACACAGACACAGACACAGCAACAUCCACAGCAUCAAAGCCUAGCUACCAGAUCAGUUCCAAGGUGGUAACAGCUUUCGUUAGUAACCCAGCAACAGACCACCUCACCCAGCCUGUCAUCCUCACCUUCAAACAUCUCCAGGUGAGGGCGGAGUCAUCAGAAAUGAACUAUACCUGUGUGUUCUGGUCAGAGGGGCGUGUCCAUGAAGAGGGAGGGGCGUGGUCAAGGAGUGGCUGUACCAAAGUCACGUCUAACGCUACACACACCGUGUGUUCCUGUACCCACCUUAGCAGCUUCGCUGUUCUCAUGGCCCUCUACCCUGUAAAGCACACCUUUGAGCUGCGUCUGUUGACGUGGCUGGGUCUGUCGGUGUCUGUGGUGUGUCUGUUGCUGUGCAUCCUGACCUUCUGGAUGUGUCGGUCCAUCCAGGGCACACGCACCACCAUCCACCUCCACCUCUGUGUCUGCCUCUUCAUCGCUGACCUCGUCUUCCUCAGCGGUAUCUCACACACACAGAGCAAGGGAGGAUGUAGGGUUGUAGCAGGUCUCCUCCACCUGUUCUUCCUAGGAUCCUUCAGUUGGAUGUUGUUAGAGGGGGUUCAGCUCUACCGCAUGGUGGUCCUGGUCUUCAACACUACCAUAAGACCUCUGUACCUGUAUGCUGUGGGAUAUGGACUGCCACUGGCUAUAGUCAUCAUCUCUGCUAUCACCUACCCAGAUGGAUACGGUACCACACAACACUGUUGGUUGUCUCUGGAGAGAGGAUUCAUCUGGAGUUUCUUCGGCCCAGUGUGCACCAUCAUCAUUCUCAACGUUUUCUUCUUCAUCAUCACUGUCUGGAGGCUGGCCCAGAAGUUCUCUAGUCUCAACACUAACCUCUCCAACCUACACAAGAUCAAGGUGUUCACAGUGACAGCAGUGGCCCAGCUGUGUGUGUUGGGUACUAUGUGGAUAUUUGGAGUGUUCCAGUUCCAAGAGGAGGGGACAGUGGUCAUGACAUAUCUCUUCACUAUCCUCAACUCUCUACAGGGAGCUCUGCUUUUCAUCAUGCACUGCCUACUGAACAAAACGGUUAGAGAGGAGUAUUGCAAGCUCCUGUCCUGUAUCUGCACACUACAGAAGAAGAGAUACUCGGAGUUCAGCACUACCAACCCUUCCUCCAGCCAAUCCCAGGGGUCAAGGAGCGCAGAGAACACGGGGGAGUCACAGAUAUGACGUCACCAAACCCCCAUAAUGCACCUCUUUACCCCUCCUCCCAUGACAAAGGUUCCCACUAGACGGCCAAACUGUAAAGUCAAAAUGUUCGAUAUCGUAAACAUUUAUGAAAACAAAGCUUUGCGUUUAGCGGUGUGGCUAUGAUACACUGUAGAAAUGGGCAGGGUUUCUGACAUAGCAUCUUGGCCAGAUAGUGACAACCCAGAAACACUCAGCCCGAGGAUAGUACUGUUCAGGCCAGGUUAGUAGAAAUGUGUCCAACUAGCCCGCCGGAUUGUAAAAUUUGUAGUCCACUAGUCCCUGAUUAGACACUUCAUAUCAAACUUGAUGUUAAGCAAUGUCUUAUCAAGCAUUAGGUUAUCCAAUCACAAGUUAUAUGAUCUACAUGUCAUCCAAUAGGAAUGCGUAGGAUCUUUAUGUCAUCCAAUUAGAAGUUAUAUGAUCUUCAUGUCAUCCAAUAGGAAUCCAUAUCAUCAUUAUGUCGUCCAAUAGGAAUCCAUAUGAUCUUUAUGUCAUCCAAUCAGAAGUUAUAUGAUCUUUAUUUCAUCCAACAGGAAUGCGUAUGAUCUUUAUGUAAUUAUCACAACCACAAAAGAAAGGUACUAUUUUACACCACUUCGAUGAAACCAUAAACAUGAACAACAUAAGCUUUCUUCCUUUACAUGAAUGUGAUAGAUUUAUAGUAAUAUUUAUUACCAAGAGCACAAGAUGGGGUGAAUUUCUACACAAAUAAAUCCAGAGGGAUUUAGAAAACAUUAUGUGAAGAUAGUUAGUUGUGACCUGAUGGACUGUUAUACUGUAAAGGUGUAUUGAUCUUUAACACUUUAUAAAUAACUUAAGAACAAGCCUUUAUAAAUGAAUAUACAUGUUUAUCAAUUAUUAUAAAUGUUGUACAUUUUUUAGGAAUGGAAGGCUGGUAAUAUUUACACAUUCUUAUUAAUGUUUACAAAUAUAAUUGUAAAUAGUUUGUAAAUCGUUAAAAGGUUUAUUCAUGAUAGUUAUUAUCAAGUGUUACAAUGGACACCUCUUUGUAUAUAAUGAGAUAAUGUAAGAUUUGUUGUCAACACUUGCAGUGCCUCUGUCCAAAAACAUUAUUUAUCAACAGUUUUUUAGAAAUCCCAGUGGGAAGAUUUCCAGAAUCAGGAGGGAAUAAACAGGAAAUCCAGAUUCUCCAACAGGGAUUGUCACUCAUGGCUGCAUCUUAAAACUCUUGGUUCGUUUAUUACUGGCCAACAAAAUGUAGUGUAGCAAUCCUGACCUGGACUUAAACCUGGGUAAAUGACCGGUUUGUUGCUUUUUGGAUUCCAGACUGCCCCUUUAAGGUUCCAACCUAGACCUUGUUCUCAGAAUAACCAUGGAGAUAAAGUAGAGUUUUAAAAUAAUCUAAACAAAGUCUACAUUCAAUGUCGUAUGUUUUAUAUUCUAUUCUGUUGCACUUUUACUUUGACAAGUUGUGUAUUUUAUACUUUUAGAGAACGCACCAUUUUCAUGUCCUUUUAUCAACACCGUUCUGAAUGUAAGCAGUUAGUGUUGUACUUGACUGUGUACGUGUGUGUGUGUGUGUGUGUGUGUGUGUGUGUGUGUGUGUGUGUGUGUGUGUGUGUGUGUGUGUGUGUGUGUGUGUGUGUGUGUGUGUGUGUGUGUGUGUGUGAGUGAGAGAGAGGUAGAGUGGGUGCGUUUCGGUAGCUUUAGCCAAAAUAAAUCGUUGCUUCAAAUAA